AUGUCCAAGCGCGCGAGAGACGAUGAUUCGGACUCGGACGUCGUGGACGUCGGGUACGUCGGCCGUGGGCGCGGGACGUCGAUCGAGGGGCGGGUGAACGCGUACGCGGAACACGCGCGGGCGUUGAAUGUGCAAUUCUUGAAACACGUCGAACGAAAGAUCGCGCAGGAACCGACGGCGUUGUUGCUCAGCGCCGUGCGUGAUUACGCGAGGUACGCGCGAGAGAUACGAGAUGAGUUUCAGGACGUGCUCGCGCGCGAGGGAGCGAUGGAGGCGAGGGCGGAGACGGUGAGAGAACGCGCGAGCGGGACGGUUUUCGCGUGGGGGAACGGCGAUAGCGGACAGCUGGGAAUGGGCGGAGACGUGGACGAGAAGCGACGACCGGCGAGCGUGGAGUACGGUGUGAUGGAAAACGUGAAAGUGCUCUCGGUCGCGUGCGGAGGGACGCACACGAUCGCGCUGACGAGCGGUGGGACGUGCUUUAGCUGGGGUAACAACGACGGCGGAGCGCUGGGACGGAGAGUGGACAAGGAUAAGAAUCCCGAGGCGGAAUACGAACCGGGUAAGGUGGAACUUCCGCUGGACGUGAAAGUGCUCGCCAUCUCCACCGGGGACUCCCACGGGCUCGCGCUCGCGGAGAACGGGAGCGUGUACGCCUGGGGGGCGUUUCGCACGGCGAACGGCGAGUGGGCCUUCAAUCCGAAGACGCUCGACGCGAAGAAGACGAUGUUUCCGUUCCAGAUUUACACGCCCAAGACGCAAAAGGAGCGCGUGAAGGCCAUCGCGAGCGGCGUCGAUCACGCGCUCGCUCUCACGCAAGAGGGUGGAGUGUACUCCUGGGGUAGCUCAGAGAAGGGUCGAUUGGGACGAUUCGCAGAGAGCGAAGCCGAGAACAAUGAAGAGGCGGGCGACGAGCUCAAACGUCGACUCCUCACCCCAGGGCGAGUGUCAUUUCCGACGAGCGGCGGCGCCGCCAUCGGGUCCGCGUUCGGGGGCGAACCGGUGAUGACGGCCAUCGUCGCCGGCGAUUUCCACUCCUUCGCGAUUUCCGCAAACGAAGACGGCUCGAAGAGCACCGUCUACGGAUGGGGUCUGUCCAACUGCAACCAGCUCGGAAUUUUCGACACCAACCCCGAUCUGCGCGGUGAUCAGCAAGUGACGUAUUUCCCGAAACGCGUCGACUGCCUGAGUGGAAGGCGCAUCGUCUCCGGCGACGCCGGGACGCAUCACUCUAUAUUCUUAACGGGCGACGGCAAGGUCAUCUCCGUCGGUCGCUGGACGGACGGCCGAUGCGGCGUGCGAGUCGCCAAUGCUGCCGUCGACGGUCAAUUAGAUGAGCCCAGGGAGAUCGAGGACCUGCCCGGUAGGGUGGUGAAGAUCACGUGCGGAGGUACCAACGGCGGGGCCAUCCUCGAAGACGGCCACGCGUACGUAUGGGGUUCGCAGUACAUGGGACAACUCGGUCUCGGCCCUCGCGAAGAAGACGCGCACUUGCCAGAAAAGUUGCAGUACACCAAACCCAUGGCUGGCAAGGUGUUCUCAGAGAUCGGUUUCGGCGGCCAGCACGCGGCGGCUGUUUUGGUCGACGAGACGGAGGCGGGCCGCGGGAGCAAGCGCGCUCGCGCUUAG